UCUGGGCCGGUAAUUUUGUGAACUUAACACAAUAUAAGGGCCAUUAUAUUCCCAACCCUUUGAUAUAAAUUUGCAACGCCGCUAGGGUUUCAAGGGAUUUCUUCCAGUGCAAAGAGCAGCAGCCAUGGUUCUCAAGACGGAGCUUUGCCGAUUUAGUGGUGCCAAGAUAUACCCUGGGAAAGGCAUCAGAUUUGUUCGUGGUGAUUCCCAGGUCUUCCUCUUUUCCAAUUCAAAAUGCAAGAGGUACUUCCACAACCGCCUGAAGCCAUCAAAACUUACAUGGACGGCCAUGUACAGGAAGCAACACAAGAAGGACAUUGCCCAAGAAGCUGUGAAGAAGAGGAGACGUACUGCAAAGAAGCCAUACUCCAGAUCCAUUGUGGGUGCCACCUUAGAGGUUAUCCAGAAGAAGAGGAGUGAGAAACCUGAAGUCCGUGAUGCCGCCAGGGAAGCUGCUCUCCGAGAAAUCAAGGAAAGGAUCAAGAAGACUAAGGAUGAAAAGAAGGCAAAGAAGGCAGAAGUAGCAGCGAAGCAACAGAAGACACAAGGCAAGGGUAACCUUCCAAAGGGUGGUGCACCCAAAGGUCCCAAGCUUGGUGGUGGUGGUGGAAAGCGAUAAGUUUACCUGGUUAUUAUCUGUUUUUACAUAGGUAGUAUGUUGAUUUUGAAGGCAUUUGUAUGGACUGAAUGGCCAUUCGGCCGUGUAUCUUUUUUGCUUUUUAUGCGUUGUCAUAAACCUUGAACUAUGUAUUGAAGAUGAGUGAUCAAUUUAUUUUAUGCUUGACUUUGUUUUUCA